GUAAACACUAGAUAGCAAACAAUGGUUGCCGUAAAUUACUGCUAAAGCCAGCCUUCACUGAUAACAAAAUAUUAUCGCUGUUUGUUAAGAUUUAUGUAUCUGCGAGACGCUAGUAUGUUAUUAAUAAAUAUUUAGCUUGGUUAUCGGUCAUCUUAGUGCAUCAAAUACUUGAAAUUCUUGUUCGAGACAUUAUAGAAAGCCACCUAUUUUAUCUCUUCCAGUGCUUUGGAAGUACAUAUUACAGACCGAGUUAAGCAUGGCGGAAGGCAAAAAGCUAUGGGGUGGUAGAUUCUCAACACCCAUAGAUCCCCUUCUCGAGAAAUUGAAUAGAUCCAUAGAUCUUGAUAAACGACUCUAUAAAGAAGACAUACAAGGUAGUAAGAUGUAUGCGGAGUCAUUAAAAGUAAUAGGUAUGCUGACAGAUUAUGAAUGCAAGCAAAUCAUCAAGGGACUAGACAAGGUGAAGGAAGAAUGGGAUAGCGAUAAGUUUGACAUUAAAAGUUCUGAUGAAGAUAUACACACUGCUAAUGAAAGAAGACUAAAGGAAUUGAUAGGAGAACCGGCUACGAAGCUUCAUGUUGGGAGAAGCAGGAAUGACCAAGUGAUCACAGACAUGAAGCUGUGGAUGAGAUCCAGUAUUACGGAAUUAUCUUCUAAUCUCCGAAGUCUUGUUAAAACAUUGGUUACCAGGGCAGAUAGAGAGAUUGAUGUGAAAAUGCCUGGAUACACUCAUCUACAAAGAGCACAGCCUGUGAGAUGGAGCCACUACUUGCUAAGUUAUGCCUGGACAUUAAAGAACGAUCAUGAUAGCAUCACCAAUCUUCUAGAUAAGCUAGGAGCCUCACCACUGGGUAGCGGUGCUUUAGCUGGAAACCCUUUCCCUAUCGAUAGAGAGGCUUUAGCACAUAAGCUUGGAUUCAACAGUGUCACAAAGAACAGUAUGCAGGCAGUUGGCGACCGGGACUUUUGUGCUGAAUUCCUAUUUUAUUCUUCCAUGAUAGGGAUACAUCUUAGUCGUCUAGCUGAGGAUUUAAUACUGUACAGUACGAAAGAGUUCGGAUUUGUAACAAUUUCUGAAAGUCAUUCCACGGGCAGUAGCUUGAUGCCUCAAAAAAGAAACCCAGACAGCUUGGAAUUGAUCAGAGGAAUAGGAGGAAGCCUUACAGGACAGGUUGCAAUACUUCAUAAUAAUCGAUUCGAUAUUUCAUAAGUGACAAGUGACAAUUAUUGUCAUUCAUGACAGCUGCUUGGAUGCUUGAAUGCUAUUAGGUGGUUUGGUUAAAAUGGAUAUAAUUGUGCAAAAAAGAAAGCGCUCAGCUAAUUUCAAUAGCGAUGAUAAAAUAAUGCUAUUGUCUUUAAUUGGAAACAAUAGCAUUAUUUUAAACAAAAAGACCGAUGGUUCUACAAACCAGAUGAAGGAGGAGGCCUGGCUGAAAAUUGGGCAACAAUUUAAUUCACGUGCAGGGGAGAGAGAAGGUAGAUAUUUGUCUAUUAUAUAUUUAUUAGUAUUCAUUACCACGUUAAAUUGGUUUUUGCAGGGAGGUAGAAAGCUUGAAGAAAAUAUGGGCAAAACUGAAGAGCGAUGCGAAAACUUACCGGGCCAAAGAACGCAUUAGCGUUUCGCAAACUGGAGGUGGGCCUUCUGAAGUAAAAGCAGAUCCCAUACUGGAAAAAGUAUUAGAUAUUUUGGGUCGUGCUGGUAGGGGUUUGGAAAAUAUCAAUGAUUGCGAUAUUGAAGAAGGCAAAGAAAAUAUGGUACCAGAAAAUGCUUCAUUGGAUUUACAAGAUAACAUUGUUGUUGAGGAAGAAGAGGAACAGGAGCAUCAGAUUCAGCCUCAAAUAAUAGAUAAGACGCCUGUUCACCAAAGAAGACGACCACUAAUUUCAAUUGAAAGAGGGAGCUCCUUGAAUGAAGCACGGUGCUUAACAGAAAGGAAAAAACAAGAACUAAUAGAUGCAGAAAUGAGAAGGGAAAUGGAACUUCACGAGCUCAAAAAAAGAAAACAUUUUUAUCUAUGCAAAUGUUGUGUAAUACAGAGCAUGCCAAUAUUACAUUUAUAGAAUUUUCUAAUUUUUAUCUUAAUCCGGUAGCCAAUACAGGAAAUCUUCGUUUUAGCACUCCAUAUUGUCGUUCCACUGUAUUUCUUGUUGCAAUAUGUGCCCUAUUAUAAUUUUGCUGGCCGAUAGUUUGUGGGCUUAAAAAGGGUGUCAUCAGAUAAUUCUAAAAAUAUUUAAAUAUGUAUAAAUAACGUUAUCCAAAGCAAAUGUAUACAAAGCAUGAAAUAUAUAUGUUAUUCUUGUUUCAGAUGGAGAACCUCUAAACGAUUUGAUCACACUUAUGCAAAUGGGAAAUUGAAGUAAAAUGAAUAGAUAUAAAAUGGAAUUGUU